CCCCUUCCGGGCGGGGCGGGAGCGGCCGCGCGGUAAGUGUGCGCUGGGCGCGCGUCGGCGCGUGCGGUGUAUGGCGCUGCGGGUUGCAUUGCGUGCUGCGCUGCGUGCACUGCGCCGUGCUUCAAAUCGUGCAUGCAGCGUGCGGCUGGGAGGGCGUUAAAUCGCACUCUAAGCGCGCGUACAGCUAGGCGUGCAUUGCACGCUGCUUUAAAUCGCGCAUGCAGCGUGCUGCAGCUGGGAGCGCGUUCGGUUGCAUAAAACGUGUGCAGCUGCAGCUGGAUGUGCAAUGCGUAUUGUUCGGUGUGCAAACAACGUGUUGCAUGUGGGGCUGGGCAUGCAAUAAAUCAUGCUUUGAAUAGGUGUACAGCAUGCUAUAACAUGCUGGGCAUGCAUUGCAUCGUGCUCUAAAUGUGCAUGCAACAUACAUGCUAGGAGUGCACUAAACUAUGCAUGCACUUGUGCAGCUGCAUGUGCAUUCAGUGUGCACGCAACGUGGUGCAUCAGAGGUUGGGUGUGCAUUAAGUCGAUCUGUAAAUGUGCAUACAGCAUGGUGCAUCUCAGCUGGGCUUGCAUUAAAUCACAUGCCCGCCCCAAAUUGCUAAAUGCAUGCUGUACUUCAUCUGGGAUUUGUCAUCCUGGUUAACUAAACGUGCAUAGAGCUCUUGGUGUUUGAGGCUAAGCUUGCAUUAAAUGGUGCACAAAAUCUUUAUACAACGGGCUGGCUGUGCAUUAAAUAGCACAUUGAAUGUGCACAUAACUGCUGCACCCGGGGCUAAGGAUGCAUUCAGUUGUGCAUUAAAUAGCAACACUGAGUGUGCACAUAACACGCUGCAUGUGCAGAGCCAGCUUGAGAUGCUGCCGAGCGCUGGGGUGUACUACUUCCCAUGGGAGAUCAACAGCUCCAUCCCAGAGGGGGAAGCACUGAGGACAUUUGGCAGGCUAAGCUGCUAUGACCUGGCCCGAUCCGAAGCCAUUCUCAGCACUCAGCAUGGCUCAGCCCAGCACCACGUCCGCAUCGACACCACACUGGUGGAACCAUUUGAAGCCCAGCUGGGAUCUCUCUAUGUGGUCCUGGGAGAGGCUGAACACAGGGAAGGUGAGAGUCCUGUGAUAAAAGCCCGAAUAUUGACCUGCGUGGAAGGGAUGAACGUGCCCUUGCUGGAACAGGCCAUCCAGGAGCAGAGGAAGUACUUCCAGGAGAGGCAGCAGCGGAUGGAAUCUGGCACGUCCUGACAGCAGCUGUGACCCCAGCCCUGUGCUGGUCCCCACCACGGCUGUCUGGCAGCUGCCAUCCGUAGCAAACAUUUGGAAAGUGUAUUUAGAAGGUGGGUUUGAAACAUUGCUGCUUUUUGCCAUGGCAAAGAGAGAAAUCACGAAAUAGGGAAGUACGUGAAGAUUGAACCAGUACGUAAAUGUGGAGCUGCCAGUUUGUGCCAGUUGUUCACCAUGGAAAAUGAGUCUGGGAAGCAAGUUUGUUGUUUAAGAGAGCGGUUAAGGAAAAAGAGUGCAUGAGUUACAGCAGUCCUUUUGUAACGCAGGGCUUGGAGAGGUCAGUAAAAGGCAAAGUCUCUGAAUCUGUAGUUAAACAUCUGCACAUAUCCGCAUAUGCUGCCAACAUGCAGUAAAUGGGAGGUAAAGGGCAGUAGUGCAAAGUUUGUUAGCCCUGUGUGGCUCAGGGUCCACGAGUGCAUGUGUUGGGUUGUGGUGACUCAGCUGUCACACAGAAGCAUUCCUGGAAAAACACUCAGGUCUGGACUGAACAACAAAGGAACAAGAAGAGCGAGGAGCCUCUACUUCACUAGAACUGCCUCUCAGAGGGUUCAGGAGCCCGUAUCCAAGGUGCAUGGUUGACUUUAGCCCUAAAUUAAAUAUUUGCACUGCCCUGAGAACCGUCACUUGACUUUCUUCCUUGCACAUCUAAGUUUAGGAGACCUCAAAUCAUUUUUGGAAGCAUCUAAAGGUUUUGAUUGAUAUUUUCCUAAAUAAAGACAAAAAGAGAA